AUGGCUCCUUCACGAUUCUGGGCAAACCCUGUCAAGUACUGCCACUGGGCUGCCGUUGAGCACCCCGCCGUUUUCUACUCUAUGCUCAUGGGUCUCGCCGGUCCCGUCAUCGCUUACACCGUCCCACCAAUCAGGAGAAAAUUGGGAUACCCAGAUCAUAUUCCCCUUCCUAUGGGAUACCCUCUGCCGAAGAGAGCACGGGAUACGACUUUGACCGGUUACGAUGACUAG